CCUUUCAGGCACAGGGAUGGGAGUCCUUCCAUGGAAAAGCCUUUCAUGGCACCUUUUCUUCAUUAUCCUCUUGUCAGAGGGACAUUUUCGAUGGGUUGAGGCGCAGCACUGUGUGUGGUAUGGUGAGUGCGGGGAGUCCAUAAAGGUGCCCGGAAAAAAGUACAACUGCAACUACACUGGUCCUGCCGUCCCUCUGAACGCUACGGGUUAUGACCUUCUCACGGAGCUUUGCCCCGGCUAUGACUACGGAGACCGACGCCUCUGCUGUGACGUUAACCAGUUGAACACCCUCAAAGGGAGCCUCCAGCUGCCUCUUCAAUUUCUGUCUCGGUGUCCUGCCUGUUUCUUCAACCUGAUGAACCUCUUCUGUGAGCUGUCGUGCAGCCCUCACCAGAGUCAGUUCAUGAAUGCCACCCAGUUCAAUGGGACCAAUGUCGUGGCAGUGCAGUACUAUAUUGGGAAGACAUUUUCCAACGCCAUGUAUAAUGCCUGUCAGGACGUCCAGGCACCAUCCAGCAACGUGAAGGCCUUAUCACUGCUGUGUGGAAGGGAUGCAAAGGACUGCAAUGCCACCAACUGGAUCCAGUACAUGUUCAAUAUUGAAAAUGGACAGACUCCUUUUCCUAUCAUCCCCACAUUCUCGGACGUCCCGGUGUCCGGUUACACUCCCAUGAACAACGAGACGUCCGCCUGCACAGAAGGCCUGGAUGACGGCUCGGGUCCCUGCUCCUGUCAGGACUGCUCAAAUGCCUGUGGCCCCAAACCUGUGCCUCCCCCUGUUCCCCCUCCCUGGACAAUCUUUGGUAUCGAUGCCAUGACCUUCAUCAUGUGGAUCUCCUACGCAGCUUUCCUGAUCAUCUUUAUUAGCGCUGUACUGGGAGCUUGGUGUUACAGAAGGAACACCAUCAUGUCCGAGUAUGGCCCCAUAUUGGACAGCAACAACCCACCGUCUCUCAACAGCAAUAAUCCUGACCACGUAAACGCGUCGUGCUGCGAGACACUGGGGGAGCGCUUCGAGAACGCUCUGCGGCUCCUCUUCAGUUCCUGGGGUUCCUUCUGUGUGCGCCAUCCCUCUCUGGUCAUACUGGGCAGCCUGGUAGUGGUGGUCGCCUCCUCCGGGGGCCUGGUCUACAUGCGCAUCACCACCGACCCCGUCGAGCUGUGGUCGUCCCCCGCGAGCCAGGCCCGGCAAGAGAAGGACUACUUUGACAGCCACUUCGGACCCUUUUUUAGAACCGCGCAGCUCAUAAUAACCACUCCGCUCAAUGAGCAGUAUAUCUACUCCCCCUACUUUGGAGGAUCAGAUGUCCCAUUUGAAUCCAUCCUGGCCAAAGACAUCCUGCACCAGUUGCUGGACCUUCAGCUUUCCAUCGAAGGCAUUAUAGCGACGUAUGAGAACCAAAGUGUCACCUUGAAUGACAUCUGCUUGGCUCCACUGUCUCCGUUCAAUACCAACUGUACCAUCUUGAGUGUCCUCAACUACUUCCAGAACAGCCACGCUGUGCUCGACCACACUCUCGAAGACGACUUCUAUGUCUACGCUGACUUUCACAGCCACUUCCUCUACUGUGUCAGUGCGCCAGCAUCCCUCAACGACACCACUAUGCUCCACGACCCCUGUCUCGGCACCUAUGGGGGCCCCAUCUUCCCUUGGCUGGCCCUCGGGGGUUACGAUGAAACCAACUACAACAACGCCACCGCUCUAGUGAUCACCUUCCCCAUCAUCAACUACCUGAACGACUCCAUCCGGCUGGGCAAGGCUCUGGCAUGGGAGAGCGAAUUCAUCAAGUUCAUGAAGAACUUCAACAAUCCGAACCUGACCAUCGCUUUUAGUUCUGAGAGGAGUAUUGAAGACGAAAUAAACCGAGAGAGCAACAGUGACAUCAGCACCAUAGUGAUCAGCUACGCCAUCAUGUUCGUCUACAUCUCGCUGGCCUUGGGUCACAUCAACAGCUUCAGGAGGGUGAUGGUGGACUCUAAGAUCUCUCUGGGCAUCGCGGGCAUCCUGAUUGUGCUCAGCUCGGUGUCCUCCUCACUGGGGAUCUUCAGCUAUGCUGGCAUUCCCCUCACCCUCAUUGUGAUUGAGGUCAUUCCUUUCCUGGUGCUGGCUGUUGGGGUGGACAACAUCUUUAUCAUUGUCCAGACGUAUCAGAGGGAUGAGCGGAAGCCCCAGGAGGAGCUCCACCAGCAGAUUGGGCGUAUCCUCGGAGACGUAGCCCCGAGCAUGUUUCUCUCCUCCUUCUCGGAGACGGUCGCCUUUUUCCUGGGAGCCCUGUCCAACAUGCCCGCCGUGAGGACUUUCUCUCUGUUUGCCGGCUUGGCCAUUUUCAUUGAUUUCCUGUUGCAGAUCAGUUGCUUUGUCAGCUUGCUCGGCUUGGACGCCCAGAGACAGGAGGCGAAUCGACUCGACAUCUUUUGCUGUGCGAAGCUGCCGGAAGGCCAGGAAGAAAAGAAGGACAGCUUCCUCUUCCGCUUCUUCAGGAAAAUCUUCGCCCCGUUCAUCCUCAAAGAGUGGGUGCGACCAAUCAUCGUGGCAGUUUUUGUGGGAAUACUCUCCUUCAGUAUUUCCGUGGUGGAUAAAGUGGAUAUUGGACUGGACCAGAAACUCUCCAUGCCGGAUGACUCGUACGUGCUGCAGUACUUUAAGAACCUGAGCGUGUAUCUCCACACCGGCGCUCCGGUGUACUUCGUGGUGGAGGACGGUCAUAACUACACCAGUCCAGAGGGCCAGAGCGCUGUGUGCGGGGGGGUCGGCUGCAACAACGACUCUCUGGUCCAGCAGGUCUACAGCGCCUCGCUCAUCAGCAACUACACGACCAUCGCCUUCACGCCGUCCUCUUGGCUCGACGACUACUUCGACUGGGUGAAGCCGCAGUCCACCUGCUGCCGAUACUACAACACCAGUGGGGCUUUCUGCAAUGCCUCUGUGGUAAACGCCUCCUGUGUGCACUGUCGGCCCAUGACUCCCAGUGGAAAGCAGAGGCCAGAAGGAGACGACUUCAUGCGGUUUCUACCCAUGUUCCUGUCGGACAAUCCAAACAUCAAGUGUGGAAAAGGCGGCCAUGCAGCCUACGACUCGGCAGUCGACCUGUAUCCCAAAGGCGCCGGGGUCGGAGCCACGUACUUCAUGACGUACCACACCAUCCUGAAAGAAUCUCCCGAUUACAUCGAGGCUUUAAAAAUGGCUCGAAUCCUGGCCGCUAACAUCACUCAGUCCAUGGGCCACAACGUGUUUGCCUACAGCAUCUUCUAUGUGUUCUACGAGCAGUACCUCACCAUCGCACAUGACACGGCUAUCAACCUGAGCCUGUCGCUGGCGUCCAUCUUUCUGGUGUCGACGGUGCUGUUGGGCUUCGAGCUGUGGGCCGCCGUGCUGGUCACCCUCACCAUCGCCAUGAUCCUGGUCAACAUGUUUGGCGUCAUGUGGCUGUGGAGCAUCAGCCUCAACGCAAUAUCCCUCGUGAACCUGGUCAUGUGCUGUGGCAUCUCGGUGGAGUUCUGCAGUCACAUCGUGCGAGCGUUCUCCAUCAGCGUGAAGCCGAGCCGAGCCGAGCGGGCUGAGGAGUCGCUGGCUCACAUGGGCAGCUCGGUGUUCAGUGGGAUCACGUUAACAAAGUUUGGAGGGAUCCUGAUCCUGGCUCUUUCCAAGUCGCAGAUCUUCCAGGUCUUCUACUUUCGGAUGUUCUUGGCCAUCGUGCUGCUGGGGGCGACGCACGGCCUCAUCUUCCUCCCCGUGUUGCUCAGUUAUAUCGGUCCCUCGGUGAACAAAGCAAAAGUGUUUGCUGCGAACAAGCGUAACGCCGGAACAGAAAGGGAACGCCUCCUCAACUACUAGCAGGCGGAGACGAAGAACAAUGAGCUAUUUGUCUGAGAGGGACUGUGUGGGCGUGAGCGCACGCCGUUUCUGUGAUCACUGACACACUCAUCGUCAUCGUCGUCGUUGCCACUACUAUGCACAGAUUUAACUCAGGGAUAUACUUUGGAUUAGGAGUGCCGGGACGAGUCCAACGGCACACGUAUUGACUUUCUCGGAAGACUUUGGACCCCCCACCAUUCCGCCUCCUCACACUACAGUCAACUGAGCAUUUUUAGUACGAGCAGGGAUUUCCUCUGCGAUCGUGAAAGUAGGAGAGACGCCGACAUCAGAGAAACUGUCGGUUCCAUAUGCUAUGAGCUGGUUUUGAUUGGGGAAAACUCAAAAGGGUCAAACUAGUUUAGUUUUUUUAGAUUUUUUUAUACAUAUAUAUAUAUAUAUCUACACACCAAAAACUGUGGAACAGGAAAUUGUUGACUGACUUUUGUAGAACUAUUUGAUAUUAUGAAUCAUUUGUUGACUGAAACACGGCACCAAGUAUCACAGGCCCUCAUAGUACCUGGCAUCAACAUCAUAUCCGGGGUUUACGUACUUUUAUUAUGACGCAGGACAGCUAGUUGUAGCGUUUUCAUCUCGCAAUAAUGUGCUUUGGACAGCAACGUUUACACAGCACACCGGAGAGGAAAUGAAGUUCUGAGUUUCAGAUUUUUGGGUUUUAGGAACGUUCACAUCCACCUCGUUCUAGCUCCUUUUGACCUUUUUAUUGGGAAUGUCUAUAACAAAAGGUUUACACUUCUACAUGGAUGUGGACAUAAAAAACACCCUAAAAACUGAAACCUCAAAGUCUCUCCAGAGUCCUGGAGUACAGAGCCAAGUACGUGUGCACACGGCACCCGUAGGUGCUGCGUGUUGCUCGCCAAACGGCAUCCUGCCGUGUCUUAUAUUUCCACAUUGGAAGCUAUUUACAUGAUCCGGUGCGACUUUUCAUUUUAGAGCUAGUUAAUGUAUCUUAAGUGUCCUUUUCGAAGCGUAAAGCGAGAUUGUUGGUCCCUCUCGGAUGAUUUUACAAAACCCCGUGUGAUGCAUGUGGAUGCCAGGUCAAAGGGUGUUAUGAGGCGAUAUCAUGACUUCACAUUUAGGUUUAUAUAUGAGACGUUUUGCAGUUACUGAACCGAAUAUUUGUUGCAUUAAGAGAAGGAGCUUUAGAUUUACUGUAAAUAUCUCGCACAAGAUUAAUUUUGAUGUUUUUUUGUCACCUAGCGUGUGUUGACUGCUUAACGAUACAGGCCUGUAUUUUUCAUUCCAUCGUUUUUAAGUUAUUUUAACUAAUCAAUUUGUUACCUUGCAUAGCUUUCUAAAAAAAAAAUGUUUAACAAAAAUUGGGAUCGCCGGCUACUUUAAUUUGAAUACGGUUGUGACAUCAGAGGAAGAGGAUGUUCAACAUUUUACCCAAGUUGUUAAAAUCGUCCGGGAUCUUAAAGGAACAGUACACUUUUUUAAAAUCUGGUUUUCUUUUUUGGGGGGAGGGGGGGGAUGUAAGAAAUAAGUGUGUUGAUGCUCAUUUUAAACCUGGAUGUGAAAGUCUGAGCAAACGACUAAAUAAUGUGUAUCAUGCUUAACAAAGAACUGUACAUUAAUAUGGACAAAUCAUCUCUGACAUUGUGGAAAAAGAGACUAAACAAAGCAUUUGAAUACUUUUGUUUUUAAAAAUGUUAACAGGUAUUAAAGAACACUUUGAAGUAUG